GCGAGGCUGAGCUUCGCCGCCAACGGCGCGGAAGGGCCCGAGGACCCCGGCGAGCUCCGGCUCCACAGUGGUGAUAGGAGGAACCAAGAAUCUCAGGCAAAGCAAAUACUGCUGCAAGCAAAUGUGGAUCCCAGGCCUCAGAAGCAUGACCUGCUGAGGACUGACAUGCCCUGCAUCACUCCCGGGCAGUGACAGCAUGAAAAACACCCACCCCCAAGGUUCUGCGCAGACUCUUGCAGGAAGAAUUACUGAAUGGCUGACAUUUGACAACAUGCACCACCAGUGGCUUCUGUUGGCCGCAUGCUUUUGGGUGAUUUUCAUGUUCAUGGUGGCUAGCAAAUUUAUCACGUUGACCUUUAAAGACCCCGAUGCAUACAGCGCCAAACAGGAGUUCCUGUUCCUGACAGCCGUGCCGGAUGCGGGGAAGUUGCCCGGAGAGAAGCACUUUUCUGAGGAACUGAAGCCGACUGGGAAGGUGCUUUCAGACAGCCGGCUUGUUCAACCCCUGGUCUAUAUGGAGCGCCUGGAACUCAUCAGAAACGUCUGCAGGGAUGAAGCUCUGAAGAAUCUCUCGCACACAGCGGUCUCCAAGUUUGUCCUGGACCGGAUAUUUGUCUGUGACAAGCACAAGAUUCUUUUCUGCCAGACUCCUAAAGUGGGCAACACCCAGUGGAAGAAAGUGCUGAUCGUUUUAAAUGGGGCUUUUCCUUCCAUUGAAGAGAUCCCCGAAAAUGUGGUUCAUGACCAUGAGAAGAAUGGCCUCCCUCGUCUCUCUUCCUUCAGCGAUGCAGAAAUUCAGAAGCGCUUGAAAACAUACUUCAAGUUUUUUAUCGUAAGAGAUCCCUUCGAAAGACUGAUUUCUGCGUUUAAGGAUAAGUUUGUUCACAACCCCCGCUUUGAGCCAUGGUACAGGCACGAGAUUGCCCCGGGCAUCAUUAGGAAAUACAGGCGGAACCGCACGGAGACCAGGGGCAUCCAGUUCGAAGAUUUUGUACGGUACCUGGGCGAUCCAAACCACAGAUGGCUGGACCUUCAGUUUGGGGACCACAUCAUUCACUGGGUGACGUACGUUGAAUUGUGCGCACCCUGCGAGAUCAAGUACAGUGUGAUCGGUCACCAUGAGACCCUGGAGGACGACGCCCCCUACAUCUUAAAGGAAGCCGGCAUAGACCACCUGGUGUCCUACCCCACCAUUCCUCCGGGCAUUACCGUGUACAAUAAAACCAAGGUGGAGCGCUACUUUCUAGGCAUCAGCAAACGAGACAUCCGGCGCCUGUAUGCACGUUUUGAAGGGGACUUUAAGCUCUUUGGGUAUCAGAAGCCAGAUUUUUUGCUAAACUAACGUGUAGAACUGUGAAUUCAAAUAUCUGUUAGACCAGAGGCUAACCAGGUGGGAGAUGUGAGCACAGAAAUGACUUGUCCUCCAUUCCACUCCUGGAGAUUCUGCAGCCUCCCAUGGACCUGGACAUGCCUUGGCCCAUGAAGCUGGACCCUGACCGUUACAACUUAGUUUGGACAUAAGGUGCACUGAGGGCCCUGGCAGAUCCCCCCUUGGUCCCCUCUCCUAUCAAUGCCAUUAGGUCUUUACUGUCCUCAGAAGGGGAAAGGGACUAAACAUUUGUAGUCUGAUAGUCCGUGAAGAAAAAUUACAUGGUGGAGGAGUCAUUUCCCUCAGUUGUCAAAGAGGCAGAUCCACUGGCAGCUCCCCUGGCGGGGGGGUGGGGGGGGAGUAGGUAGGGGGGGUUCCCGCCUGUCACUGAGGAUUGCAAGAAUGGCACCCGGCACUUUGAGGAGAGAUGGAGAAGCUGAUGGUCUGCAAAAAUCGCACGGGGCUAAUAUAGGAUCAAAUCUGAGUAAUAAAAUCACACCUCUGGCUUUCAUCUUGGCGCUGCUAUGAUCACAGAGGCAAACCAUUCUUUCCAGGAGGAUUUUGUUCCUGUGAAACUCAGAGGUGACCCAAGGGUACUUUUCGGCAGUCCAUCGUUCCAGGAUCUCUGCCUAGGUGCCUCUAGUCUGUAUUUCUGAACCGCCUGCCAUACAGUUGUCUCCCUCAGCCCAAGAGAUGCAACUUUGGAAAGAGGGGAGUGUACAUUUCUUUCCACCUGAGAGAGGGAACAUCUUGCGGGGCCUUAAAGGGACACGUAGCAUGGGGAAAGGGAGAGCUGGUUGGGUUCUGGCGCACCAGCUGCUGUGGGUUUGAGCACACCCGCCCUGAUGAUUGUUCGCCUCUUUGUCCCGUUGGGAUGGACAAUGCCCAUCUCGGGGCCCAUCUCUGGAGCCCACCCCCACGGCCAAAGGCAAGCCUGGGCCACACAGGCUGGCCCCGCAGGAUUGGUGCGGUGUACGCAUGGCAGUUUCCUUUCAUCUCCGCAAAAUGCUCACCACUGGACCCAUUUCUGAUAAUGCCAUCAUCGUGGUCUAUAAGUUGGAUAAUCACGUUCACCAGCAAUAAAAUCCUGGGCCGAGGCAUCUUCCAGGCGUGGAGGAGCGGGCCACAGCUACUAUUUCAGAUGUUGCCUGACAGUGAGGGUUCUUGAGAUAUAGGCCAGGUUUCCCAGUGAGAAGUCCAAAGUGCCCGACUGGACGGUGCCCACGAGCCCAGCUUUUCUUCCAGGCAGCCUCAACCGCCCUGUUCUCCAAAUGGCUCCCUGAGUUUGUAAAUGUGAAAGUAAAAGCAAAUAAAAAGUAUGUGCCAAA